AUGAAACCCCAACCGACUGCAAAGAACUUUCUGAUGGUUCUCAUCCUCUUUGCGAACGUAGCCAUUGCGUGUAUAUCAUUCAUACUGAUGUUGCAGAUGCGCAAGUUGCGUGCUCGGUGGGAGAAGCAAGUUCGCGAACAAAUGCAAAGGGAGCUUGGUCUACAAUAUCGGAGACGUGCACAGGAACAGUCUAUCCCGGAAGAAGGCCAACAGUUCAAUGAGACGAUGGCUGAACACUCUAUAAGAACCUUCGGCUCAGUGAACCGUCAAUCAAGUCCAAACUAUCUUGUGCAGCUCACCUCUAUCCGCGGAAACGAAGAUCUUGUGACAGAUGCCAUCAUCCAGCUGAUCAGGACCGCACUGCCACAUUUGAGUUCUGUGCAGUGCAUGGAAGUGCUCCACUUCUUGCGAGAGCCCUUAUCAGCCCAACAUGGAAUACAGAUCACGAGUGUACAAGCAGAUUCCAGACCUGGCACCAAUUCAGAGUUAUAUGCGCCCCCUUCAUCAUCUGCGACACAGACGUCCGCUAGACCCAGCAAUCACACAUCCCCGCAGACCAAUCCUGUUGAGCUAGAGAAUCUCCAUCUUGAUCGACGUGUCGAACUGCCUGGUCAAGAGACCAGUAUACCGCCAUCUUUCAAUCACUACUUACGCUCCGUUUCUAUGUCUCCUACGGCAUCAUUGUCUUCGCACGACUCAUUGGUGGAGCUCGCGUCGCUGCGCAGUGGGAUAAUUAGCAAUGUAUCCGGCGAGUCGAAUGCUGGCGUCUCGCGCUUUAGACGCCGCUGGAGGAGGUCCGACAAUAGGUCGUGA